AGCAGAAGUGAAUAGAACCCACAUCCGAGCCAGCACGGCCUGAGAAGGACUUGACACUCUGACUCCAUGGUCCAUGGCAACAGAUUGAAAAUGACAGCAAACCCUCUAAGAACAUCUCUUGCUUUGCUCUUCUUUGCCCUCUCCGGGGUCCUGGGCACAGAGACAAUCUCUUGCAAGGGUGACGAAGGUGGAGCUGUGGACUGGUUUAUCUUUUAUAAGUUACCCAAAAAGCUUGACGUGAAUAGUACAGAAUCUGGGCUGGAGUACCUGUACCUAGACUCUACCAUGAGAAGCUGGAGGAAGAGCCACCAUCUGAUAAACAGCAGUGACAGCGCUUUGGGAAGGACCUUGGGGCAGCUGUAUGAAGCAUAUACGUCCAAGCGCAAUGACACGGGCUACCUAAUAUACAACGACGGGGUCCCUAAGUCUAAGAAUUACAGCAGAAAGUAUGGACACACCAAAGGUCUACUGGUAUGGAACAGAAUCCAGGGGUUCUGGCUGAUUCAUUCUGUUCCUGGGUUUCCUCCAAUUCCAGAAGAUGGCUAUGGUUAUCCUUCCUCAGGGAGACGGAAUGGACAAAGUGGCAUCUGCAUAACUUUCCAAUACAGCCAGUAUGAAGUAAUAGAUUCCCAACUCUUGGUCUCCCAGCCACGUAUCUACAGCUGCUCCAUCCCAAACACCUUCCACUGGGAACUCAUUCACAUGCCCCAGCUGUGUCAGAAGUCCAGCGCCUCGAAGAUCCCUGGCCGGCACCUCGCCAUACUUCAGUCAGCCCAGGGACUGAACUUCCUUCACUUUGCGAAGUCCAGUUCUUACACUGAUGACAUCUUUGCAGCCUGGAUGGCUCAACAGUUGAAGGCACAUUUACUAGCAGAAACCUGGCAGUGGAAGACACAUGAACUUCCUUCAAACUGUUCCCUGUCUUACCAUGUCUACAACAUCAAGCACCUUAAGACACCUUACUUCAAUUCUUACUCUGACCAUUCCAAAUGGUGCCUUUCCACCCUGGGCUCUAUAAAUCGAUGGACCUGUAUUGGAGACCUAAAUCGGGACCCACACCAAGUCUUCAGAGGUGGAGGAUUCAUCUGUACCAAGAAUCGGUACAUUUACCAAUCAUUUUAUAGAUUAAUUGACUCUUACGAACCAUGUGGCUAAGCUUGGGGGAAAGAUGAAUCUGUCCUUGAAAAUACUAGAAAUGGAAUUUCUUGCCUUGGAUCCAUUCUCCAUAGGUUAAAGGCUUC